GACCCCACUUGACCUUUUACAGCCUCGGCUAUACAUAGCGAUUUUAAUGUAUAUAAAACCUCAUUUCAAGCGGUAUAUAAAGAUUUUCAGACGAACAUGGUUAUUUUCAUAUACACCUUUAUUUUAUGUUAUGUGAGGAUUUUAUGCAUAUUGGCCCAAACAUGCAGAAAUUGUGGUGGAGAUGGGUCAUGUAAUGAAAGAUCGGAGUGUAACAAUGGAUGCACUCCAGGAUUCUUUUCGUUAACAUGUACACUGACAUGUGGCCAAUGCGCCGGAAGUGGACGCUGCGACAAAACUUCCGGAUUUUGUGACGAGAGGGGUUGUUUAGCCGGUUUUUUCGGGCCACUGUGCACACAAGCAUGUCCUAUCGCCUGUGGAGGUGAUGGAAGUUGUGAUUUUACGACAGCCAACUGUCUUCAAGGAUGCAGCUCGGGCUUUUCUGGUUCAAGAUGUGAAAUUGUAUGCCCCAUGGCUAAUUGUAAGGAACCGUGCAAUAUGCUUAAUGAUGGUCCAUGUACAUCCGGAUGUCUUAACGGUUUUUACGGAAGAACCUGUGAUAUGAGGUGUAAUUGUGAAGAUGGCGGUGCUUGUGAUCAGGGAACAGGGGGCUGUGUGGUUUCUACAUUCCUGACAACACCUUGCAUGACGGGAACUGGAAACAGGUGUGAAAGUUCACAAACCGCCACCCAUUCCUCGCCAUCUGUUCAUACCAUGAUGGGAAAGGAAAAUGUUCCAAUCAACACCGGACUGCUUGUUGGCUUGUCCCUGUCGCUCGCCGUGUUGCUGAUACUGUCAGUGUUAAUUCUAACACUUUUAUACCGAUACAACAAAGGGUACAGAAAACAGAAAAAUCAACAUGUUUACGAAGGACCUAUUAUUCAACAACCGCAAGGAGUUUAUAACAGUCUAGAGCCAAUACCAGAAAAUGAAUACAUCGAAAUUAGCUGUGACUUUACAGAGGGAAGGAAAGACGAUGGAUACUCAACAGUUGAUCAAAUUCAAAGACGCAUGUCCGGGGAUCAGGGACUGGCCAGGCAGUGACAUACUUUAUGUGUGGAAGUAGUACAGUACUAGCGAUUUCCUGACUAAGUCCCAAAGUCAACAUAUGCAUCGAGCGGUAGAGAGAGAGAGAGAGAGAGUGGAAUUCCGUUCGACAAUUGACAUUUUUAAUAACUAGUAUGCGGUACAUGUAACAUUGUGUUGUACAAUAACCAUGCAGAGUUUUACCUUGGAAUUCAAGUGAGGAAGUGAUUGACACAUAUCUUAAUUAUGAAAUGUGGGUUCUCUUUUACACAGAAUACUAUUGCAAUGCAUCAACAAGACAGUAUUUCAUAUGUACAAUUUUAGGCUUGUCACAAUAGGAACCAAUUACAUGGAUUGUUUGUGAAACUCCAUGUCCACUGCUUAGGAUGGUGCUUCCUUUUUAGAGCAUUGUGAAUCAAUCAUCACCAACGUCUCAUUGAUUGAAUACGGUUUAUGCCGUUUUGGCAUUAUUUCAGCCAUUUUACGGUGACGUUUAAUGGAAACAUCCGACGAUUUUCAGAAGUAUAGCAUAGACAAUAUCAACUUACGUUUGUGUUCUGAAACUGUUUAGUUUUUAGCUCACCUGAGCUGAAAGCUCAAAUGAGCUUUUCUGAUCGCCUGUUGUCCGUCGUCUGUCCGUCCGUCUAUCUGUAAACUUUUUACAUUUUUGACUUCUCCAGAACCAAUGGGCCAAUUUCAACCAAACUUGCCACAAAGCAUCCUUGGGUAAAGGGCUUUCAAGUUUGUUCAAAUGAAGGGCCAUGUCCCUUUCAAAGGGGAGAUAAUCACAAAAAUAGGGUGGGGUCACUUAAAACCUUUCUUCUCAAAAACUACUGGGCCAGGAAAGUGAAAUUUACAUGAAAGCUUCCUGACAUAGUGUAAAUUCAAGUUUGUUAAAAUCAUGGCCCCCGGGGGUUGGAUGGGGCACAAUAGGGGAUCAAAGUUUUACAAACAAAUAUAUCGGAAAAAUCUUCCUCUCAAGAACCACUGUGACAGAAAAGCUAAGAUUUACAUGAAAGCUUCCUGACAUAAUGCAAAUUUAGGUUUGUUAAAAUCAUGGUCCCGGGGGUAGGAUGGGGCCACAAGUGGGGAUCAAAGUUUUGCAUACAAACAUAUGGGGAAAAUCUUCUUUUCAAAAACUACUGGGCCAAGAAAAUUGAAAUAUACAUGAAAGCUUCCUAACAUAGUGUAGAUUGAAGUUUGUUAAAAUCAUGGCCCCUGAGGAUAGGAUGGGGCCACAAUAGGGGAUAAAAGUUUUACAUAGAAAUAUAUAGGUAAAAUCUUAAAAACUCUACUUCUCAAAAUCUACUGGGCCAGGAAAGUGAAAUUUACAUGAAAGCUUCCUAACAUAGUGCAAAUUCAUGUUUGUUAAAAUCAUGGACCCUGAGGAUAGAAUGGGGCCACAAUAGGGGAUCAAAGUUUUACACUGAAAUAUAUAGGGAAAAUCUUUAAAAAUCGUCUUCUCAAAAACUACUGGGCCAGGAAAGUGGAAAUUUACAUGAAAGCUUCCUGACAUAGUGCAGAUUCACGUUUAUGAAAAUCAUGCCCCCCCCGGGGUGGGUGGGGUGGGGGGGGGGGUAAGAUGAGGCGACAAUAGGGGAUCAAAGUUUUACAUACAAAUAUGAUUUGAUUUGGACAUAUUUUAUUGUAUGAAUAUACAAAAGGAUUGGUUACAAGUACAUACAAAUAUAUAUGGACAAUCAUUAAAAAUCUUCUGAUCAAAAAUCACUGGGCCAGAAAAGUUUACAUUCACAUGAAAGCGUCCUGGCAUAGUCCAGAUUCAAUUUUGAAAAAACCAUGGCCCCUGGGAGUAGGUUGGGGCCACAAUAGGGAUCAAAGUAUAUAGGAACAAGAGGCCCACAGACCUUAUCGGUCACCUGAAUUCUAGUGAAAAAGUAUCACUACUUCCAUGGGCUAUGAAAUCUAGAAAAAAAAAUCCUGUUCUGAAUAUCUAUGCUAAAUUCUAAUGUUCAGCAACAAUAUAAAACAAGAUGUGUUCUUAAAACUUCACUGCCUUCAAAAGUGCAUACACUGAUGAAAGGCUUUAAAUAAUAGGUGUAUUAACAUUAAAACAUCAAAGAGAUAUGACUAAUUUCGACUCAUCCUAAAGUCAUAACCCUGGGUUUUAAUUGAAAUUCACUAUUUUUGAACAUCCUUUUCUGCUAUUCCUAAGUAUGCAUUUAGAUUUAAUACAGUAUCAGCAAAUUUGCACAUAAAUACUAUAUACUAAGUUUGGCCCCAUCCUGGGGUCAGAACCCUUACUCUGGGGGGAAAUCAAAUUUACAAUUUUGGUAAAAGACCACCUGCUCUAUCCAUUUAGUUUCAAUUUAGUAUCAAUAGCACUAAAGAAGAUGUUAUUUAUUUAUUUUACACAUAAACACUAUGUAACAAGUUUGGCUCCACCUUGAGGUAAGAACCCCUAUCCCGGGGAUCAUGAAAUUUACAAUUUUGGUAGAGGCCUUCCUGCUCUCCAUGCAUUUAGUUUUUCUUACACGUGUGUAGUUCGUGAGAAGAAUAUUUUUGAAAAUUGGGCAGUUUUUGCCCCGCUCCUAAGGCCCCAAUGGUGCAGGAAUCCUGAAAUUUACAAUUUAUGUCCCUCUUGUUCCAAAGAUGCUUCAUACCAAAUAUAAAAAGAAUUGGAUUGAUAGUUAUCAAGAAGAAGUUAAAAAUGUUUAAUCGUUAAUGGACGACGCACGACAACCGAUUGCAAUGACCUAAAAUGCUUUAAAUAGGAGCCAAGGUGACUCAGGUGAGCGAUGUGGUCCAUGGGCCUCUUGUUUAGCUGACUGUAGUUGCUACCAAUCUCGCGACCAAAAUACGAUCGCGUACGAUGUUCAAAGAUAAAAAAAAAUUCGAUUAUGAAAUAAAGGUACUACAUGUAUAUAUGUAUCAACUUCGUCGGUAGGGGACUAAAACUAUUACUUGGAUUCAAUUUGUAUAUGUAUCUAUAAGUCAACUUCCAAAAUAAGGCCAGAGUGACCUACUUUUGGUUCAUGACACCCCCCCCCCCCCAAUGCAUCAGCUGAUUAAGUUUGAUAGUCCUAGGCCUCAUAGUGUGAAAUACAAUGCCCAGACACGAAAAAGCUUACAGACGGACGUACAGACAGGAAAAACGGACGCCAAAUUUAUGAAAGACUUUGAUAUUUUGUUCGAUUUGAAUUAUCAGCAUUUUACCUUACUGAUAUAAUUAUCAGAAUAAAAGAUUGAAACGAUCA